AUGGAUAGCGAAAAGCAUAAGUUGCCAUCUGGGAUGCACCAAGUUUGGAUAUGUGCUGUCAGGCAAGAAACAACUCACAAGACCAGAAACUUCACCGUCGUACAAUCGGAAAGUAGAGAUGAGGAUUUAGAAGUAUGGGAGAGAUAUUUGGAAAUGGAGUGCUCAGGUACGGAAGAGUAUACAGAGUCAGAAAAGGAAGAGAAAAAGAUGCUGGAUGACAGAAUUUUGAAGAAAUUCAAAGAAACAACAGAAGCUCAUGAUCACCUUCCUGACAAUAAGUCUAUUGCAGUAGCAAGACUUAAGGCACUCUUAAAACAGUACGAAGAUCGCAAAGACUUCUUGCAGGAGCUUGAACAGAUCUUCAAGGAACAGUUAGAAAAAGGAAUAAUUGAAAAAUUGACAGAAGAGAUGGACAGAUACAGAUUUCGAAUUGGAAAUGUAGCGAUUACAGCCGAUAUUGAAAAGGCUUUUCUACAAGUCAGGCUGCAUGAAGUUGAUCGCGACGCAACAAGGUUCCUAUGGUUAAGAGACUUCAGAAAGCCAUAUGGAGAGAAGAACGUCGUUACAUACAGAUUUACAAGGGUGACCUUUGGCCUCAUUUCUUUACCCUUUUUGCUUGCAGCAACUAUUAAUUUCGAGUUGGAAACUACAGCAAAUGUUAAGAAUACUGCAGAGCUAAUGAAGGACAAUUUAUAUGUUGUUAAUCUACUGAUGACAGCAGAAUCGAAGAAGGAAGCAGUUGAGCAAUAUCGCGAUGCGAAGAAAAUCUUUGAUGCUCAUAUGAAUAUGAGGGAAUUUCUCACCAAUGAAAUACACGUGAGAAAAAACUUCGCUGAGAGCGGCAGAAGCAUUUCACUGGGAAGCAAAGUCCUAGGGAUCGAAUGGAACACCCAAAAAAGACGUACUAGGCAUUUAGUGCAUCGUUCAGGCACUUCAGCGGAUUACAAAGAGGACAGUACUGCAUACAAAUGCAUCUAUUUUCGAUCCAUUAGGUCGGCUUACACCCUUGAUGAUUAG